AUGGAAGACGAUUUUACGAAGUAUCGUUCCCCGCUCGUUUCAAGAUAUGCAAGCAAAGAAAUGGCCUACAACUUCAGUGACAGGAAGAAAUUCACUACGUGGAGAAAGCUCUGGAUCUGCCUGGCUAAAGCAGAGAAGGCAUUAGGUCUGCCCAUUACAGACGCCCAAAUCCAGGAGAUGGAGAGCCACGUGGAGGACAUAGACUUUUCCAUGGCUGCAGAGGAGGAGCGUAAGCUGAGGCACGACGUCAUGGCUCACGUCCACACCUUUGGCCACUGCUGCCCCUCCGCCGCCCCCAUCAUCCACCUGGGGGCCACCUCCUGCUACGUGGGGGACAACACGGACCUGAUUAUGCUCCGGGACGGAUUUGACAUUCUGCUUCCUAAGCUGGCCCGAGUCAUCGACCGGCUGGCAAACUUUGCAGAAAAAUACGCUGAUCUUCCAACACUGGGCUUCACACACUACCAGCCGGCCCAGCUUACCACGGUGGGGAAGAGGGCGUGUCUGUGGCUGCAGGAUCUGGCCAUGGACAUGCGCAAUCUCCAGAGAGCACGCGACGACCUGAGGUUCAGGGGCGUCAAGGGGACCACCGGCACUCAGGCCAGCUUUCUGCAGCUGUUCCAGGGCGACCACGGCAAGGUUGAAGACCUAGAUAGAAUGGUGACAGAUAUGGCUGGCUUCAAAAAGUCUUACCUGGUGACUGGACAAACGUACAGCCGCAAGGUGGAUAUCGACUCUCUGUCUUGUCUGGCCAGUAUGGGUGCCACUGUGCACAAGAUUUGCACAGACAUCCGCCUCCUUGCUAACCUGAAGGAGAUUGAAGAGCCCUUUGAGAAGGAACAGAUAGGUUCCAGUGCCAUGCCAUACAAGAGGAACCCCAUGAGGGCAGAGCGCUGCUGCAGCCUGGCUCGCCAUCUGGUGGCGCUGAUGGCCAACCCGCUGCAGACCGCCUCAGUGCAGUGGCUGGAGAGGACACUGGAUGAUAGUGCCAACAGACGGAUCUCCCUCCCAGAGUCCUUCCUGACCGCAGACAUCAUCCUCAGCACCUUACAGAACAUCACUGAGGGGCUGGUGGUCUACCCUAAAGUCAUCGAGAGACACAUCCGCCACGAGCUGCCCUUCAUGGCCACAGAAAACCUGAUCAUGGCCAUGGUGAAGGCCGGGGGCAACAGGCAGGAUUGCCACGAGAAGAUCCGCGUCCUGUCGCAGCAGGCAGCGGCAGUGGUCAAACAGGAGGGAGGAGAUAACGACCUGUUGGCCCGAGUCCAGGCUGACCCAUACUUCGCCCCCAUCCUGAGCCAGCUGGACUCUCUCCUGGACCCCAAGACGUUCAUUGGCCGAGCCCCCCAGCAGGUGGCCAGGUUCCUGUCUGAAGAAGUGCGCCCUUUGCUGGAGCCUUACACGUCUAAAAUGGAUGUCAAGAUUGAGCUGGAAUUUGCCCAGAUAGCAACAGACUCCGGGGCGGAUCCGCAUUCGGUCCGCCACAUCCGCCCCAGAAUCAAAUCCGCAGAGCGGACCCGCGGCGGAUUCAAACCAGAUCCACAGAGCGGACGCUCUCUAACCUCCGCAGAGAUACGCGUGUGA